AAGUAAUUGACCAAAUUGGCAAAUCAAAUCCCUAGCAUUAGAAGAACAGAGUCUGCGACUGGACUCACCAGCGUCGAGCGCAGUGGAGCCUAGAGUCGACGAGCGGAGUCGUUGCCUGAAUUCUUAAGCUUGCUCAGUGGCGCCAUGGAGGCUCAAGGCCGGACGGCAGACGAUUAAGGCCUUUAGUGCAGACCAAAAGGGAGAAAUAGCAGCUAGAACUCGAGAAUGGCGUCGAGAAAAUCAAAAGCUCCGGUUCCAAAUUCCAAAAGUGCAGAGAUUAUUUUGAAAAUCGUGGUGGGAGUGAUGCAUUUGUAAGCGAAGGCUUUUCAAGUUGGAACAAAACUGAGAGAUUAGGUUAUCAUGUGGGUGAAAUAAGUAGUUUUCACAACAUAGCAGUUAAAAGGUGUGAUGCUUUGAUGAACCAAGAUCAAUCAAUUGCAGUUGCAAUGGAUAGACAAAAUGAAAUUGUGAAAAAUGAGUACCGUAUUCGCUUGAAUGCUUCUAUUGAUGCUUCAAGAUUUUUAUUGCAUCAAGGACUCCCUUAUCAUGGUCAUGAUGAGUCUAAAGAUUCUAACAAUAGAGGUAAGUUUUUGGAAUUGAUAAAGUAUACCGCCACUCAGAAUGAGGCGGUUAGUAAGGUUGUUUUAAAAAACGCUCCGGGGAAUAAUCAAGUUAUUGCUCCAAGCAUUCAAAAAGAUAUUGCCAAUUGUUUUGCACAAGAAGUGGUGCGUUCUAUUAUUGCAGAUAUUGGUGAUGAUGUGUUUGCUUUGCUUGUUGAUGAGUCCAGCGAUGUUUCUUACAAAGAGAAAAUGGCUAUGGUUUUGCAUUACGUUGAUAAAUGUGGCAUGGUUAAAGAAAGUUUUAUUGGUGUUGUUCAUGUCAAAGAUACAUCUUCUUUAUCUCUUAAAUCUGCUAUUG